GUUGCUGCACCGAUGGGCAGAACGAACAACGUUGUUGUUGUUGUUUAAAAAUGCUGGACUAUUAAAAAAGUUAAUGUAAAAUAUAUACACUGAAAUACGAAUGCAUGGCACAUAUUUAGUCGGGAAUAGAUAAACCGUGUUUUGGAGUAACGAUAAAACGUAGCAUUGCGUUAUGUUUGGAAUAUUAAAGUAGCGUGUCAGAAUAACACUGCACACUUAACUAUCAGCAGACACGGCAGUCCGAGGUAGAAAAUACAAAAUGUGGGGAGAAAUCGAACCGUGCACCCAAACAGGGCAGAGUCAAAACAGCUGUGGGACAGACGCGAUCAGGCAGAAGACAAUAUUGUGGGGUGAAAUCGAGCCAUGCAGCAGCAAACUCGAUGACUGUCAAAACACCAACAGCCCUGAAGCAACUGAGGGAUGUCCAGACUCUUCAAAUAUACAGGCAGAGAAGAUGUGUGGAGGAAUCAAGUCAUGCACCAAAUGUCCUACAGACACGGAUGUCAAGGAUGAUCAAACAGCCAAUAGCUUUGAGAUGGGUGAAGAAGAUUGCCAAGAAUCUCCGUAUCUAAAGGAUGAACUAUCUAGCUGUCUCAGUUCAAUGCUGGAGGUUAUAGCAGCCAGUGGGAGUCCAGUAAAAAGCCAGCAGCUGGGAGAACCAGACCUUACACUGGAGGAGAGGAAGGAGUUUUUACUAGAUCAGUACAAAUCCAAGCCCUUAGUCUUUCUGGAGCGUUAUCAGGCCCAUCUGAAGCCGGAGCACACAAAGGCUUUCUCUCACCUGAGCAAUGAAUGCAGGGUACAAUAUUACUGCAAGGAAAUUCAGAGACGGGCAUCCAACACAGCCAGUCGGACAAGAGUUCGUAACCAUCGCUAUGCAGCUCUCCGUGCGCUUCAAAAGGGUGGCCAGUACUUCAGUGAGGAAGAGAUGCGCGUGCGAGAUCCACUCCUGUACGAGCAGUACAUCGGACAGUACCUGAGUGAAGAGGAAAUCUUUGAGCGCUCAGAGGAGUCCAUGAGGAAUGGCCCAAAGGGACUCUCCGACCUGCUUAUCAAUUCCUAUCAGGAAAAACUGAUUCAGAACCGCCUGGAGGAGGAUCAGGAGAGGGAGCAGUGUGGAGCGGAGGAGUCAGAUGAGGAAGACCUCGAUGAGCCCAGACAGGCGGAGUGGGAGCCGAAUGCAGAUGAGAAGGCAAUGCUGAGGGAAGAAUUCUUGAGUCAAAUGCAUCAGCGAUUCCUGGAUGGCAAGGAUGAUUUCAACUACAGCUCCACAUUAAUUGUAACGGAAAUAUUCACAUUGCAGCGAAGUGGAUGAGAACCCAGAUUAUGAUAACCUGGAUAUUGUUAGUCGGGAUGCAGAGGAACGUUACUUUGAUGAAGAUGAUGAUGAUGAGGAGGAGGAGGAUGAUAUGAUGCAGUAGCCAGAGUCAGCUCAAAUCUAAAUACAAUUUUCUGUAAAUUCUGCAAAUUGUGUAAUGUGUCUUUGUUGUUUUGUUUUGUUUUGUGUUAUGUAGGUUGAAUGAAAUAAGCACUAAAUUGUCUUUAAUAAACAAAAACAAUUUUUCAA